AUGCGGGUAGGCGUGCUAUCCGAAGAUACUGCGAGUAUCGACUCUCAGCUACAAGCGUUCUGGGAACUAGAACAUUUAGGCAUUACUGACCCCUAUCCAUCUGACCUCGACACCGAUUCCGUUCUGCAGGAUUUUCGGGCCACCACAAAGCUGGUUGACGGUCGUUACGUUGUACGCCUACCUUGGAAAUCGGAAAGGCAACCAGCCUUAGGAGACAAUAAGGCGUUAGCGGUUCAACGACUUGAGGCUACUACAAGGAAACUACGACGAGAUCCAGCACUGAUGGAAGAGUAUGAUUCUACCAUUCGGCAAUACCUUAAUCUCGAUCACGCUGAGCGUGUUUCUGCGCCUGAGUCAGUGUCUGGACCUCUGUAUCACAUGCCGCACCAUGCAGUCAUACGAAGAGACCGCGAGACUACAAAGGUCCGUAUUGUAUUCGAUGCGUCGUCGAAGUCCCCUGGUUGCAUCUCCCUCAACGAGGCCUUACACGCUGGACCAAACCUGAACCCCGACGUCCUACAACUGUUGCUACAGUUUCGCACGUACGAAGUGGCUCUAACGGCGGAUGUAGAGAAGGCAUUCCUUCAAAUUCAACUGGACCCAUCCGACCGUGACUGUCUGCGAUUCUUGUGGUAUGCCGCUCCUCCUAAGACGGGUGAACCUUUGCCACCGGUUGAGACUUGGCGGAUGACACGGGUUCCCUUCGGAGCGAAAUCGAGCCCCUUCCUCCUUGCAGCGACUAUACGUCAUCAUCUAAAGUCAGCAGAGACAUCGUACCCGCAGACAGCUCCUUUGCUGUCAAACCACUUUUAUGUGGACGAUCUCGUUGUCGGCGUCGCCACCGUCCAGGAGGCGCUCACUCUUUACCACGAAUCACAAGCAAUAUUUCGUGACGCUGGCAUGAAGCUGGUGAAAUGGACUACCAACCGCUCGGAGCUUCAGGGAACUUUCGAGGCCGAUGGAACUGCAAGCCCAUCCGCUACGUCACAGAGGAAGGUUCUUGGACUCGGUUGGGUCAUCAGCACCGAUGAAAUCCGGUACUCCCUGAAAUCCAUCACGGAGUUCCUCGAGAGUAACUUGAACACCGGCACUAAGCGUUAUGUGCUUCAAGCCGUUGCACGUAUCUAUGAUCCGUUCGGCUACGUGACGCCAUACGUUGUCAAGGCCAAGAUUCUGCUACAACGUAUUUGGCUGGCAAAGCUGAACUGGGACGACCGGCUACCAGAAGAUCUCAUGAGCACGUGGUCUACGUGGUGCAGACAGGUACCCCUACUGGCUCGCGUUUCCCUACCGCGGAGGUUAACUGCUCUCAACAUUUCUGAAGCCUCCUGCUCGUUGCACAUUUUCAGCGACGCCAGUCCGCGAGCAUAUGGGGCAGCAGCUUAUCUUGUGAUUAAUGACGGUAGUGGAUAUACCGAAGCGUGCCUCGUUUUGGCGAAGACCAGAGUUGCUCCGCUGAAGACAGUCUCACCACCAAGGUUGGAACUGAUGGGCGCAGUAAUCGCUUCUCGGCUUUUGAAGUUCGUUCAGAGUGCGUUAGCAGUAACUCAUGCCGCGACUAUUCUGUGGACGGACUCGGAGAUAACACUGCACUGGAUUUACGGAGCACCAAGCGACUGGAAACCGUUCGUGCAGAACCGAGUGGCUGAAAUACAGGGCGUUACGGAUCCUCAUCAGUGGCGACAUUGUCCGGGCCAUGACAAUCCUGCAGACCUGCUCACAAGGGGUACUUCAUGUCUUCACCUGAUAGAGAGCAAACUCUGGUGGAAAGGUCCGUCAUGGCUCAUCGAUCAGCAGUCUUGGCCUCCACCUUGGCGGGUUCCGCAAGAAACGUCUGAGGAGGUGCGAAACGAGGCUAAGGGUAGCGACUUGUACUGUACCGCAUCUGUAAAGGUUCCCAUAAUGAAUGCGGACAGGUACAGUUCGCUUCACAAGCUGCUGCGGGUUACCGCCUGGGCCUUGAGGUUCCUGCACAACAGUACGCACCCCUCCCAGAAGAAGACUGGUGUCCUUACAGCCGAGGAGAUCUCAGCGGCGGAAGAGUACUGGAUUUUGACGGCUCAGCGUGAGUCUUUUGGGCCUCAUCCGACCACUCACAAGUCCCUUCAGAAUGUAUCGCUGUUUCAUGACGGGAAAGGCGUCCUCCGCAUGACAGGUCGACUGCAGUACAGCGAUCUCCACGAAUCAGCGAAGCACCCCAUUGUCAUACCUUCGGAUCACCCGAUUACGGCAAUGCUGAUUAUCCGGGCACACACAAGACUGCUUCAUGCCGGAGUUCAAGAAACCUUGGCAGAACUGCGCGAAGAGCAUUGGAUUAUUCGGGGACGUCAAGUAGUGAGGAAGACUCUGCACGGAUGCCGUAUCUGUCGCCGAGCAAAGGCCCAGGCCUGCUCAGAAGCCACUGCUCCUCUGCCACGAGACCGUUUAUCCCAGGCGCCGCCUUUUACAGUCACCGGUACGGAUUACGCAGGACCACUGUACUACAAAUGCUCGGAGCGGUCCGCUAGGAAGUGCUACAUCCUAAUCUUCACUUGUGCGGUGACUAGAGCAGUCCACCUGGAAUAG